GCGCCACCCUCCGCGCCACCCGCCCUCGCCGGCUCCGGCUUCCCCGGGCCCGGGCGCCGCGCGGACCGUCUGUGCCUGCCGAGCUCCACGGUGGGGGAGAAACAGUGAGGGUGUAAAAGCAAUACCAUAAGAGACAUUUCCUCAAAUUUGCAUCAAGAUGGAAACCUUGUGCCUCAGGGCAUCCUGUUGGCUGGUACUGGUUGGAUGUGUAAUCAGCGAUAAUCCUGAGAGAUACAGCACAAAUCUAAGCAAUCAUAUGGACGAUUUCACCACUUUUCAUGGGACAGAGCUCAGCUUCCUGGUUACCACUCAUCGACCCACUAAUUUGGCCCUACCCAGCAAUGGCUCAAUGCACAACUAUUGCCCACAGCAGACUAAGAUUACUUCUGCUUUCAAAUACAUUAACACUGUGAUAUCUUGUACUAUUUUCAUCGUGGGAAUGGUGGGGAAUGCAACUCUGCUCAGGAUCAUUUACCAGAACAAGUGUAUGAGGAAUGGCCCCAACGCACUGAUAGCCAGCCUUGCCCUUGGAGACCUUAUCUAUGUGGUCAUUGAUCUCCCUAUCAAUGUAUUUAAGCUGCUGGCUGGGCGCUGGCCCUUUGAACACAAUGACUUUGGCGUAGUUCUCUGCAAGCUGUUCCCGUUUUUGCAGAAGUCCUCCGUGGGGAUCACCGUCCUCAAUCUCUGCGCUCUUAGCGUCGACAGGUACAGAGCAGUUGCCUCCUGGAGUCGUGUUCAGGGAAUCGGGAUUCCCUUGGUUACUGCCAUUGAAAUUGUCUCCAUCUGGAUCAUUUCCUUCAUCCUGGCCAUCCCGGAAGCCAUCGGCUUUGUCAUGGUGCCCUUUGAAUACAGGGGUGAACAGCACAAUACCUGUAUGCUCAAUGCCACAUCAAAAUUCAUGGAGUACUACCAAAAUGGAAAGGACUGGUGGCUCUUUGGGUUCUAUUUCUGCAUGCCCUUGGUGUGCACCGCAAUCUUCUACACCCUCAUGACCUGUGAGAUGUUGAAUAGAAGGAAUGGCAGCUUGAGAAUUGCCCUCAGUGAACAUCUUAAACAGCGUCGAGAAGUGGCAAAAACAGUUUUCUGCUUGGUUGUAAUUUUUGCUCUUUGCUGGUUUCCUCUUCAUUUAAGCCGUAUUUUGAAGAAAACCGUGUAUGAUGAGAUGGACAAGAACCGAUGUGAAUUACUUAGUUUCUUGCUGCUCAUGGACUACAUCGGUAUUAACUUGGCAACCAUGAAUUCAUGUAUAAACCCAAUAGCGCUGUAUUUUGUGAGCAAGAAAUUUAAAAAUUGUUUCCAGUCGUGCCUCUGCUGCUGCUGUUACCAGUCCAGAAGUCUGAUGACCUCCGUCCCCAUGAACGGAACAAGCAUCCAGUGGAAAAACCACGACCAAAACAACCACAACACAGAGAGGAGCAGCCACAAGGACAGUAUUAACUAACCAUUCUAAGAAACAUUUGGCAAUAUUCCUUCAAAUCCUAUGGGAGGAAAAAAAAAAAAAUCCCACAGCAACUAUGUCUCCGGAAACCUCUCCUCCAAUCCUUCUUCCUUAACUCGGUAGAGAAGAAAUGCUUUUCCAAAACAGCAGAGGGGGGACUGGUUUAUUCCCACAAACUGAACAAAUCUUACUUCUUUAAUUUAUCCAAUUUUCAUAUUCUGCAUGUUAUAUUCAGCACUAAAAAAUGGUGGGAGCUGGGGAAGAAUGGAGACUGUUAAAUUCAUCCAGAAGGAUAUUUACUGCACUUGCAUGGAAACAGUUUUCAAGUACAUGACUAGCUUUUAUGGCAGUUCUGUCAAAUGUUCAAUGAGAAUUGGUCACCAAAAAACUUUAGAAACUAUGACAAGAUUUUCUAUUUUUUAAGGGAUUUUUUUUUUUUUUUUUUUUUUUGCCAAAUACAAUAUGGGCUUAAGUCAGUUUUAUCUGAAAUACCAUUCUGUGCCAGUAUUUUUUAACUGCAUAAUAACCUAAAAAUGAUUAUUUGAGCUUAUUUACACAUGUUUUGCAAAACAAAAAAGAAAAGAAAAAACAUUAUUCAGGUGAGUGAUUAGGUGAAUGUUUCUCAUGUCAUUGUUUUAUUUUUAAAACCUGAAUUCUAAAGCUGCAACAAAUACAGUCCCUUAAAACACAGACUGAUGUCCACAUUUAACAGCUGUUAUUCAAAGAAUUUUUAAGAACCUGUAUUUUCUUUUUUAAUGGUGUUUUUGUGACAGGAGAUCUUGAACAUAUUUUUUAUGUUAAAUUCAAAAAUGAUGCUUGGAUCAAAGAGUUCUUUUCCAGAAGCUCGAUCUUUUUGUAAUGUAAGUUUUUAUGUAAACUAAGUGUCAUGUACCAAAAUUUAAAGAAAUGUGUCAUUUAACUAUGCCUGAGACUUUCAGUGCAAUGUACAGGAGUCUAAAGCACACCUAGGAGAAAAAGACUGAAUAUUUUUAGAAGAUUUGGAAAUUUUCAUUGAGUUUUUGGUAAUAGUAACAUAUGUAUGUACAUACAUAUAUACAUUAUACAUAUCACCUCCUAUUCUCUUAAUUUUUCCUAAAAUGUUAACUGGCAGUAAGACUUUUCCAUAUAGGAAACAUAAUUUAAAAGUGAUGAGCUUAUCUUGUCAGUGAAAUACAGUGACCCCCAAAUGUCAACAUGAACCUGUGAUUCUUCACUCCUCUGGGUGUUGACUAUGAACCUAAAUCCCCAACCCACCCCUCACCUCUCACAUGGUCAUCAUUUCAAAGGGCCCACAGUGACCUUUGCUGAGCAUUUUCCCAGAUGUUUACAGACUGUGAGUACAGCAGAAAAUCCUUGACUGGUGUGUGUGUGUGUGUGUACACAACUGUAAAUUUCUUUCAGCCAAUUUUUCUGUGAUUGUCCCUGUGGAAUGUAUUUGUGUUUGUGUGUGUGUGUGACGUAUGUGAUGGUAUAUAUGGAUUUAAUCUAAUCUAAUAAUAAUGCCCUGUAGUUGUACCAAAGCACAUAUUCUGAGUGGAAUUUAGACGAUUGUUCAUCAUGACAACUCACCUCUGUUUCAACCUAAUGAGAAGCUUCUGUAUUCAUAAAUCUUGUGACCAUGUUACCAUCACAAAUGGGAUGUGGGAAGCAGCAUGAAAGGGGAUGAGCCAUGGGUUAACAAGAUAAGGUUUUGUUUGGUUGGUUGGUUGGUUUGAUAAAGCAGUAUUUGGGAUCAUAUUAUUUCCUGUGCUGGAGCAAAAGUCAUUAUACUUUGAAGUAUUACAUUGUCCUAAAACACAGUGGUGAUGCAAUUGACAAGUUGGCUGAAGUUUCUAUCAGACUUUACCAGACAGAUCGCUGAUGAUGAAUUAGCUGAGCUCAUUUGCUGGGCCAUAUUUUAGCACAGUCACAGGUAAAAUAAUGUCAGGUUCCUCUUGCCUGAAUUGCAGGGCUAAGAAAUAUUACUCCUUUGUGUGUUAGCAGUCAAAUUCUAUUAUUCCACUGGUGCCUCAUAUGCAGUGAUAUAUGCCUAUAAUAUAAGCCAUAGGUUCACACCAUUUUGUUUAGACAAUUGUCUUUUUGUUAAUAUGCUUUGUUUCUUUCAUAUGAAAAGAUGCAUUUUAUAAAUUCAGAAAGUCAUAGAUUUCUGAAGGCUUCAAUGAGCAUUUUCUUUAUGGACUGGUAAGUAACUGUGGCUUACUAGUAGGAAUAUUUCCAAUUCCUACAUUUGCCACAUCUUUCCAACAAGUAACUUUGUAGAAAUGAGCCAGAAGCCAAGGCCCUGAGUUGGCAGUGGCCCAUACGUAUAAAAUAAAAGUUUACAGAAGCCUUG